AUGACUACUACUUCAGCCGCUUCAGGUUACAAGAAUGUUGCUUACUUUGUCAAUUGGGCUAUUUAUGGUCGCGACUUUCACCCCCAAAAUCUUACUGGUGAAGAACUUACCCAUGUUCUCUAUGCCUUUGCCGAUGUUCGGGAUACUGGCGAGGUCUUCUUGACAGAUACUUGGUCCGACACUGACAAGCAUUACGCGAAUGACUCGUGGAACGAUGUGGGUACCAACGUCUAUGGAUGCGCCAAGCAGUUGUUUCUCCAGAAGAAGCGCAACCGCAAGUUGAAGGUGCUGCUAUCGAUCGGCGGAUGGACCUACUCUGCCCACUUUGCUCAGCCUGCCUCGACCCCUCAAGGCCGGGCCAAGUUCGCAAGCAGCGCGGUUCAAAUCUUGUCUGAUCUAGGCUUUGAUGGCCUCGACAUUGACUGGGAGUAUCCGGCAAAUGAAGCUCAAGCAAACGACAUGGUUUCCCUUCUAGAGGAGACUCGUCGAGCUCUCGAUGCAUAUUCCGCUGAGCAUGCCCCUGGUCAGCACUUGCUCCUGACCGUUGCUUCACCUGCGGGCCCCACCAACUACAACAAGAUGAAGCUUGGGGCUAUGGACCGGUAUCUCGAUUUCUGGAACUUGAUGGCUUACGACUACGCCGGGUCCUGGGAUGCUAAUGCCGGUCAUCAGGCUAACUUGCAGUCCUCUUCUUCCAACCCCAGCAGUACACCCUUUAGUACCGUCAAGGCAAUCAGCGACUACAUCGCCGCUGGUGUACCUGCUAAUAAGAUUGUCCUCGGCAUGCCCCUGUAUGGUCGUUCUUUUGAAAACACCGAUGGCCCUGGCAAGCCGUUCUCGGGUAUCGGUGACGGUACCUGGGAACGAGGUGUAUACGACUACAAGAAGCUUCCACUACCUGGCUGCGAGAUCAAGACAGACGACAGCGUAACCGCCAGCUGGUGCUACGACCCGACCAAGAGGUCGAUGGUCACCUACGACACACCUGAGAUCAUUGCGAAGAAAAGCCAGUUCAUCCGCCAACAAGGACUUGGUGGUGGUAUGUGGUGGGAGAGCUCGAGUGAUAAGUCGGGAGAUGAUAGUUUGAUCUCUACGUUUGUCAAGAGCGUUGGUGGAAUCGGUAACCUGGAUCAGUCGACCAAUUUGCUCAGCUUCCCGGCGAGCAAGUACCAGAAUCUGCGCGAGGGCUUUCCGAAUAACUAG